CUCAGCUUAUCGCCCCACUUUGCCCCCCCUUCCUCUUGUUGCUGCUGUUGCUGCUGUUGCUGUUGCUGUUGCUUCUGGUUGGCGUUGCAUGGGUGACUUUUUACUAUCUCACUCCCCGUCCAUGGAUCGACCGAGUCUUUUGGGACAAAAAGGGGGGGUUGGUGUUGUUGUGGUAAAGGAGAGAAAGAGUCAAGUGUCUGGUGAUCCGGAAUGUUGGAUUGAUCCAAAGCAAUCCCUAUUCUAAAUACCGAGUAUGCUGGGGUAGUACACACGCAUACACAACAACACACCGGACGGAGGAGAGGAAAACUGAAGCUCCUCCAAGUCCUCCUCCGCCUUCUCCCUUCUUCCCUUCCCCCCUCCGGACCUCCGAAGUCCCGGUUAUUUGGGAGGGAUUGUUUAUUGCAGGAGAUGAGAGGCCGCUUUAGUCUCGGGUCUAGCUCGCAAGCUGCUUCCUUCUCACGAGACCCUGGUGGAUCAAACACACGCCGAUUCCUACUCGGAUGGGGAGCGCCUGUUUAUGAUUUAUGACUGCUCAUCUCGCUCAUCCCCUUGGCUGUGGAGUGGUUUCGGUGGUUUUUCUGUUCUCCACAUCUCGAGCUUUUUGAACGUGUCGCAUCAUCAUGACAGCCUAUACCCUUUGUAACCGUAAUAUUACCAGAGCCUCCUCCGGUGCCAUGAUACCGUCCGGCCCGGGGCGCAGCUUGCUCUCUUUGCCUCUCUCGCGCAUCUUCUCCAGC